AUUCCUCAAAAUUUAAGGUUAUAAUUCGUUAUAUUAAAUUGUCAGACCUAUGUAACUAAAAUGGCCAAUUUUCGAUCAAUAUACAAAAUACAAGUGUUUUUAACAAUUCUAAUUCAUCUAACAGUGGCCUUAUAUGAGGAUCAAGUAGGAAAGUUCGACUGGAAAAGAUCAUUUGUAGGAAAAGUAAAGUUUGUCAGCUUUGAAGCAAAGCGAAUUAUUGUCGCUACAGAAGAAAACGUUCUGGCCACUUUAAAUUUAAAUAACGGAGAUAUUCAAUGGAGGCAGAUUUUAGAAGAUCCGAGUAACUAUCAACUAGAAUUAUUACAUGUUAAUAAAGACAUAUUGACUGUUUCUGGUGUUCGCAAUAAUUGGUUAGUUCGUACUUGGAAUAUAAAUACAGGGACACUUCUAGCAGAGUGGGUUAUAAAUGCAGAACGUACGGUACCGAGUGCUUUUACAAUUAUCAAUGGAAAAAUAUUACAUCUAGUGCCAAUAACUGGAUCCCAUUUAGAAAUCACUACAUAUUCUUUUAUCGACCAUGAAAAUGGAGUUUUAAAAGGUGUAACUAGAAUAGUUUCUGCACCAUGGUUGACUAAUAUCUCAAACUGUGUUUUUGCUGGAUUACAUUAUGUAUGUGUAGGUUCAAAUCAAUUGCAUUUCAUUAACUUGGAUCAAGAAAAUUCAAAGUUUAUUACUAAACCUUUAGAUACCUUUAUAGAGAGUGAAGCUGGAAAAAUAAUCUUAAUAGAGUAUAAACAUAAAACUCCUUCAUUUUUAAUGUUGUCUAACAAUAUAGCUAAGUUAGCAUCUAUUGUUGAUGAAAAUAUAGUAAUUAAACCAUUUGAUUUAAUGCCAAACGCAGUUAAUGUGGUUGGCAAUGGUAAGGAUCUAAUUUAUCAAUUGGAAGCAAAUGAUAAUAAAGAGAAAUUAAUUCGUAUUAAGGUCAAAGAUUUUCAAACAGGGGCAGAUGAGUUUUCAGUUGAUUUAGAUUACCCCCUAGGUUUAGGAGCCCCAAUAAUUCUAGGAGCUCAAAACAGAGGCUCAUCAUCCGAUUUACUUUUAAGUACAACUGACAAUGCUUUAUUGCUUGUUAGACUUCCUGAAGCUAAAAUAUUAUGGAGUAGAGAAGAAGCUUUAAGCAAUAUAGUGGCUACCGAAUUUUUUGAGUUACCAAUAUCUGAAUUGGAUGCUUCUAUUGAACAUGAAUUUGAUAAUGAGAACGAUAUUUUUGGCAUGUUUUCACACAGAAUUUCCACUCAGAUCAAUCAGUUUUACAAUCUAGUCUUUGGAAAUAAGUUACUGCAAAAUAGUGGUUUAGUAAGAGAUGAAUUUGGUCUUCAUAAAAUUAUUGUGGUUGCUACCAGAGCAGGAAAACUCUUUGCACUAGACACAUUAAGUGGUUCUAUUGCUUGGAGUUACAGAUUACCAAACAUACAACCUUUUUUGGGGCUUAACGGACAAGAACAAAUGUUACUUUAUGUUCAGAGAACUGCCCAAUUUGCUCCCUUGCCGGCACACUGUAUUCUACUUGCUCAAGAUACAAUUACAGGCAAUGGAAUACUUUUUGAAUUUGAUCCAAUAACUGGAUAUUCUGAUAAAGGUAUCCAAAAACUGCCAUACAGAAUAUCUCAGGCAACUUUACUUUUACAACAUGAUAAGAACUUUUUAAAACCACUGCUUGUUCUAUCACAAGAUAAUGAAUUGUAUGCCUAUCCCAGAGAUGCUGUAUCUGUCAUAAAGGACCAUUUUUCUACAAUAUUUCUCUAUACUGCAAAUUCAGAAACUGCAAUUUUAACUGGAUUUACAUUAAAAUAUAGUACCGAAAACCAAAUGGUAGUUAAAAAGUCAUGGGAUAUAGACUUAAAACCCUCAAAAAUUGUUGCACUUGGAGUUAAACCACAGAAUGAACAGGUUCAUUCACAAGGAAAAGUAUUGUAUGACCGUUCAGUAUACUAUAAAUAUGUCAACCCUAAUUUAUUAGCUGUAGCAACCAUUUCACCUGAUCCAAUGCAUCAUAAUGUGUUAAGUAUUUACCUCAUAGAUGGAGUUACAGGCUUGGUAGUAUAUGGAACCUCUCAUAAGCGAGCUAAAGGUCCUGUCCAUCUAGUCCACUCUGAGAAUUGGCUUGUUUAUUCUUAUUUCAAUGAGAGAUUUAGAAGAACUGAAUUAGCAGCUCUAGAACUUUACGAAGGACACUUACAAAGUAACAGUACUGCAUUUAGUUCAUUUGCUGUGAGUCAGUUGCCACAUAUUCAAAGCCAGUCGUAUAUUUUACCUCUGGUACCCCUUAAAAUGGCUGUGACACUUACCGAAAGGGGUAUCACCAACAAAUUUUUACUAGUCGCAAUGAGUUCAGGGGCCGUUCUGGAGAUACCGUGGCUGUUACUGCAACCACGUUUCGAAAAUAUGCCUUGUGGACCCGAAGAAAGCUGUAUUCCUUACAUGCCUGAAAUCCCAAUGCAUCCCGAAGCAAUAAUUAACUAUAACCAAACCCUCGGUCGUAUACGGGGCAUCGAAGUGGCGCCUGCGAGGCUGGAAUCGACCAGUCACAUUCUAGUGCACGGCUUGGACAUUUUCUACACCAGAGUGGCGCCGUCCAAGACGUUCGACGUGCUCAAAGAAGACUUUGACCAUAAACUGAUUGUUUUAGUGUUGUCCGCACUAAUUAUAGCAACUUUUGUUACUAAAAAAUUAGCGGCUCGAAAAGCGUUAAAGCAGGCGUGGAAAUAACGCGUUAGAAAUGAAUAGAAAAUUGUUAUGUUUUUGUUUUUGAAUGUGUUUAGAAGGGUCACGGGCUUUUUGUAAAGUUGUUCGAGUUUUUAGGUCAGUUUCUAGAAGCAUAGUCAAAUUUAAAGUUCCCACAAGAGAACAACUUUACAGAAAGUAUAAUGUAUAUCUUUAAGUAACUAUUUAUAAAAUAUUUAACUUGUAGACGUACAUUCUUUUUUCUAUGGAUCAUGGAUAUUCUCAAAUAGUUCUUUAAUACCAUAUGAUCGAAAAAAAAAACGCGUCAGAGAUGGCUUGAAAAUGAAGAGUGCUUAGUGUCAUUUUAUAUGUAAAAUUAUAUGGGUAAUGUCAUGAAUUGUUAUUUUAAAGCUAACUGGAUGCCGGUUUUUUCGUUGAUACGGUAUUUAUACUUUUAAAAAAUAUACCUCAUAUACCCUUUGUUCAUUAUUAAGGAACAUUGAGAAACUCCUUGAACAUAUGUAAACUAGAAAUAAUGAAUAGUUCAUAAUUUUUAAACACCUCAAAAUUAGUCUGUAAUAUAAGGUUUUUUUCAGAAAUGUUUUGUAUAAUAUGCAUGUCACAAAAAGUUUUGGUGAUAUAUAAGUUCAUUCUUUGAUAAAGUAUUGUAUGUAUUACAGUUGUGAUGUACAAAUAAUAAAUAAAAAUUAUGAUAAUUUAAA